AUUGAGCGCAUUUGAGCCCAGUCAAUAAAUAAUGUCUCAAAGUUAUUGGCAUUGUCUUUUUAUAAUCGACUGAAUGUGGUGUGCAUGCUUUACAGCAAAUGCUUCAUAUUUGUGUUUUCACCUUCAGUGUGCAAGAACAAAUUAAUCACAAUGGCUGCAGCGGGAGACAUCAUGGCCGUGAUUUGUCUGACGCUUGUCAAGCUGCCCAUGAUUGACAUGGGCGGCGGAAAAGUGUUAGAAGAAACCUACCACAAGUGGUUACAGUAUAAGGACGACUGUAUCAAGAUGAUUGAAAAUGAGCCUCUACCUGAAGAUGGCUUGUUUUGCAACAGAACCUUUGAUAGAUACGCCUGCUGGCCAGAUGCUCCUGCUGGAUCUCUUGUGAACAUCUCCUGUCCUUUCUACCUGCCCUGGUAUGAUCAAGUGUCUCACGGCGUGGUGCUGCGCCACUGCGGCACCGACGGUUUUUGGGAGCGUGAUGAGAAGGGCCACGUGUGGAGAGAUAAGUCCCAGUGUGAAGAGGAAAAAGAGGUGGCAUCCCAGGAGAUGUGGCUCAAAAAAAUGAUGUUGAGCUUCAGGACGUUGUACACGGUGGGCUACUCCCUUUCUCUCCUCACUCUCGUUACUGCUCUUGUUAUUCUACUGAGCUUCAGGAAACUGCGUUGCACGCGGAACUACAUCCACGUCAACCUCUUCCUGUCCUUCAUCUUGCGAGCCGUGUCCGUCAUCGUGAAGGACACCAUGCUGGAACGACACUGGGGACGUGAGAUCGUGAAACCCGGCGACGUGAGCGAGAUGCUCAGUCAUCAGGCUGCUAUCGGUUGUAGGAUAGCUCAGGCGCUGAUGCAAUACUGCGUGCUGGCCAACCACUACUGGUUCUUUGGAGAAGCCAUUUAUUUGUACUCGGUGCUGAUUGCCUCGGUCCUCAUCGACAGUAACAAAUAUUUGCCUUACAUCUGUCUCGGCUGGGGAACUCCGCUUCUCUUUGUGGUUCCCUGGGUAGUGAUGAAGAUUCUGAAAGAAAACAAAGAAUGUUGGGCUGUCAACGAGAACAUGAACUACUGGUGGAUCAUUCGUUCGCCCAUUCUUUUUGCUUCGCUCAUCAAUUUCCUGAUAUUUGUGAAGAUUCUGAAGGUUAUUCUAUCCAAGCUACGAGCCAACAACCAGAGUGACUAUUACAGUUACAAACGCCGGCUCGCCAAGGCGACGCUGACCUUGAUUCCCUUGUUUGGCAUUCAUGAGGUCAUCUUCAUCUUUGUCACGGAUGAACAAACGGCAGGAGUUCUGCGCUACUUUAAAGUCUUCUUCUCACUUUUUCUCAAUUCGUUUCAGGGCUUUCUCGUGGCGGUUCUUUACUGCUAUGCAAACAAAGAGGUGAGGGAAGAGUUGAAGAGGAAAGUGCGCAUCUGGACGACAGAAACACGGCUCGUGUGCUGUGGACAGUGACUAGCCGGCGUCAAAACCCGCGUGAACACUUUUUCUAUCGCCACAGUGCCAGAAAGUAACAGAUCCUCCGAUAGCCCAACGAGUUGGCCAUCGCCCACCGCCGACAGUUCCCUUUUCCAACGUCACAUUCAGAGGGCUGACCAGUGUCACGAGGCCUCACUGCUACAAUGUCCCGCAGCUAUAACGGGCGAUGCCGCCCCGCGGCGUCCAGAUGGCCAUGACGCCGUGCUGGUAAUAUCAACAGGCAUGCAGGUGUCGUUCCAAAUUCAUCUUCAGGACCCUGUGGAGCUACUUCCACAUGUUGCUGAUUUAGAGUCAGACUAAACACUGUAAUUAUGGUUCAUUUGAAAAUAUUGUAUGAUUUGUUUUUGGAAGGGGUAAAAUCGUCGUUGUUAUUUAACAUGUCUUGUCACUGGUUAUAAAGUCUUGUGAUAAUGUAUUUAGCAAGCUCUUAAUUGUUGUCUCAGUGAAACUAAAAAUUGAUUAUAAUUUAAUGUGUGCUCGUGGAAAGGGUUUAUACAAUUUUGUGUGAGUUACAGAUUAUGUUUCUCUAUUG